UGAAACAGUGGAACCACAAACCAACGUGCCCUCUGGCAUCAUUUUUUUUCUUUUUUCUUCUCCACGUCCGCUGUCCACCAUCAGGAAUUUCUCCUCCGGCAGCAACCAUGACAACUGGAAGAGUGUUAUUUUCAAGGAAUACAAAUAGCGAAGAUCCGAUCAGAUCUGGACGUCAUCUUGAAGCAGAGGAGUGUGGCUGCAGCAGAGCAUUCUUUGAAGUUUGAAGUUUGCAAGAUUGAAGCUUCAAAGAGAAGUAAAUUCAUCCUGCAUAUAAGGUGUUGGACAAAAGGUUUGUUAGAGAAUUUUUAUCAUGGCAAAUGGUAUGUCUCCUCUUAAUCUCUCUCAAUCCUUAGUACCCAUAUUCAGUGGACAAAAUUAUGAGUUUUGGAGUAUCAAGAUGAGGAUUUUUUUUUAUUUCUCAAGAUCUUUGGGAUCUAGUUGAUAAUGGUUAUGCAUAGGAGAGACAAAAUGAGUUGAGGGAACUCCGAAAGAAUGAUGCAAAAGCUCUUUUGGUGCUGCAGCAAGCUGUGUCUGAUGCUAUCUUUCCUCGGAUUACAAAUGCCACUAAAUCACAUGAAGCUUGAAUCAUCUUGAAACAAGAAUUUCAUGGAGAUAACAAGCUGCUGCACUGCACCUCUCAUCUCCAUGCGAGCAAAACCAUCCCCAGUUAAUAUCUGCCACGUAAGAAGAAUUCUUCAUGCUUCCACUAACAGGGGAACAACAUACAAAAAGAGCCUCGUCUAGGAAUUUUCCCGAGCUUUCUUCUCUCCCGCCCCCCGCCCCCUCCCACGGGCGGCCGCUGCAACGCGCCUCUUUUCUCCAGCGCCGUCCCCCGAGCCGAGUCUCCAAAGAGAAGCGAAGCAGAGAACCCAAGAGCUGCAGCAGCGAUGACCGACUACGCUCAGGAGCAGGAGAUGGAAAUCGAAGCGCUCCAAGCCAUCCUGAUGGAUGACAUCCAAGAGAUCGAUUCCAGUGAGAGUGGGCUGAGCAGAAUCAAUCGGUGCUUCCAAAUUAUGCUGUCUCCACAGGAUGAUGAUGUGGAUGAGUCAAAUUAUACUCCAGUUAAAUUGGCUUUGAUAUUCUCUCAUACUGAAAAGUAUCCAGAUGAACCCCCACUUCUGAAUCUUAAAAGUGUACGAGGAAUUAAACCGGAAGAUCUUUCAGUACUAAAAGAAAAGCUCCAGAAAGAGGUGGCUCAGAAUCUUGGCAUGGCAAUGGUUUAUACACUCGUCACAUCAGCUAAAGAUUGGUUGAGUGAAAAUUUUGGGCGUGAGGUCGUAGUUGAGGAAUCUGAAGAAACUGAUACAACUAAAGAUGAUAUAAUUGUUCCUCACGGAGAACCAGUUACUAUUGAUACUUUUCUUGCUUGGAGAGAACGAUUUGAAGCUGAAUUAGCACUAGAGCGAGCCAAUCUAAUUCCAGAGUAUGCACUUACAGCCCCCAAGGAGAAAAAGCUUACGGGAAGGCAGUGGUUUGAGAGUGGAAGACAUACAGCGAAAGGUGUGGCUGCAGUUGCUGAAGAGUCUGAGGAGGAGGAGGAGGACAUCGACCUUGAUGAUGACUUUGAAGGUGAUCCUUUCUUUCCUGAAGUGUCAUCUAUGAUGAAGAAGAUAUGCUGGAGCAUUAUUUGGCAGAGAGGUCUGAUAAAUUAUCAGAGGGACCCAGAAAGUAAACAGGAUCACAAACAUGCUAUGUCUGAGUUUGGGCCUGAAAUGCUAAGGUUUCCCCACAUGAACCAGCUUUUCAGAUUUUGAUCAACCAGAGUGAGUUCAAUUCCAGUCAUCUUAGAAGGAACGGGUAGUGUUGUGGAGAAAUCCGUUGAAGCCUAGCAGUAUCGGUCAUUAGUGUACUGGAAUGUACUAUCUGAAACUUUUUUUUGAUAUAUUUUAUAUUGUUAAGUACGUGUUGUAACAGCAACAUCUAUCAUUACUAAAUAGUGGCAUACCAUUCACGAAUCAAUUUAGAUACGUUACGAGCA